AUGGCUGGCAAGCUUGAUGCACGACUGUUGAAAGCCCUUGAUGUAAUGGGCUUCGAGUUUAUGACCCCUGUCCAACAGCGUGUGUUGACCGAUCUGCCCACCUGGCGCACUGACUGCCUUGUCCAAGCCAAGACAGGCACGGGUAAAACACUGGCUUUCUUGCUUCCUACCCUCCACUGCCUCUUGCAAGCUCGUUCGGCUCCUCCCAAGGGCCAAGUGGCUAUUUUGAUCAUCACUCCUACUCGUGAACUGGCCCAGCAGAUCGCCAAGUCAUGUGAUCAACUGACAUCGCAGUUGGCGCAACCUCUGGAGUGUCAUAUCGCCGUUGGAGGAACGUCUCGGGCUUCUGCUCUAACGCGAUUCCUCAAUGGACUCCCUUCGAUAUUGGUGGCGACCCCUGGUCGUCUGAAGGACUACCUGUCAGACGAGUACACUGCCGAGAAGCUGGCGGAUGUGCAGACCGUCGUGCUGGACGAGGCUGAUACGAUGCUGGAGAGCGGCUUUUUGGCCGAUGUGAAGCAGAUUCUGCGCCUCAUUCCUUCGAAAAAGGAGAAGGGCUGGCAAGGCAUGUGCUUUUCUGCGACAAUCCCACCCAAGGUCAAGGACGUGGUCAAUGUGGUUCUAAACCCCGGCUACACUAGCAUUUCGACUAUUCAGGAGAACGAGACACCCACCCACGAGCGAGUUCCUCAGUAUCACGUUGUGAUCCCCUCUGUGACGGAGACCUUUACCGCUCUGACCGCACUGCUGAACCUGGAGAGCAAGAAGUGCUCGAAGAUCAUCGUCUUUGGCGUGACGGCAAACAUGGUUGCUCUGAUGGCCCGAGUCUUUUCGCAGGGUCUGACCCCCUUGAAGGUGUUUGAAAUUCACUCACGACUCGGCCAAAGCGCUCGCACACGAACUACCGAGCAAUUCAAGCAAAUCUCGGCCGGUAUCCUGUUCGCCUCGGAUGUCAUCGGCCGCGGCAUGGAUUUCCCCAACGUCGACCUCGUCGUCCAAGUUGGUCUCCCUUCCAACGGCGAGCAAUACGUUCACCGUGUCGGUCGUACCGCUCGGGCCGGUAACGAUGGUCGCGCUAUCAUCCUCCUGACCCAAGCCGAAUCAUUCUUCAUGAAAGUCAACCGUCACUUGCCGAUUCAGCCCCAUCCCGACACCGCCGCUAUUCUCGAGAGUGCCGCAUCAUGCGCAGAGCCGGUCACUCAGGCCAUGUACAACGUCGAAGAAGAGACCAAGCAGCGCGCCUACUCAUCCUACAUCGGCUUUUUUGCCGGCUCGGGUCUCCUGAAACAAGUUCGUCUCGACAAGACCGGCCUGGUGCAGAUGGCCAACGAGCUGGCCAUCAAGGGUAUGGCUUGCCCCGAGCCUCCUCCCAUGGACAAGAAGGUUGUCGGUAAGAUGGGCCUUAAGGGUGUUCCCGGAUUCAAUUAUGCCACCGGUAGCGAGAUGAACCGCCCUCGGGCCCCUUCUCGCUCUCGUGCCAACGGCAACGGCAAUGGCCAUGCGAAUGGAAACGCACUCGCCAAGCAGCGCAACUCCUUGAGUCCCGGUGCUGGACAAAAUGGCCGACGAGGACAGGUCGAAAAGAACCGUAAUGGCCGAGGAGGAGCUGGCGGCGGCGGCGGUGGUGACCGUGGAGGUGGCCGCGGAGGUUCUCGUGGCGGAUUCGGAGGCCGUGGAGGCCGUGGUGGCCGCGGUGGUGGUCGUGGUGGUGGUCGAGGUGGUAAACCCCACGGCGCAUGA